AACUGUUUUUUAUGUGACACCGACCGCAUUUCCCCCUUUGUAGACGAAAAUGAAGCCAAAUUUCGAAAUGCGUCUCACAGAGGAGAUUAGAAAACAUAAAAAUCUGUAUGACACGUCAGUGAGAGAAUAUAAGGACUUUCAGAGAUCAAGAAAUUCGUGGAAUGAAAUAGCUCAGACUCUGGGUAAGGACGCUGCACUUUGUAAAGCUAAAUGGAAGUACCUCAGGGACAGAUUUGUUAAAGCAAGGAAGAAGAUGAGAGGAAAAAGUGGGGAUGGUGCAAAUGGAGGUGUCCCGCCGAUUUUUCAUAUGCUGUCCUGGCUGGACACCUUUAUAAAAAGCCGAGAGACAGAGACAAAUGUGCCUGCUGACUUCAAUGGCAGUUCCAGUGGGGUGCCUUCACCUGCCUGCUCCAGCAAUAACUCCAACCAAUGGGCACCUUCUCCAUCAGGAUCCUCCAGCAAUAACACCAACCCAUGUGAUUCCCCUGCUCUAUCAGCCUUAUCCAGUUCUCAUCCAGCCUGCUCCAGUGAGUUCCCUGCCCCAAGAGAGUCAUCUCCACCAGGCACUAGUACUCCGACCCGAACAAAGCUGGGAAGGAAGAGGCAAUGGAGGGAAAUUGCUUUAAUGAAGAGGCUGGAAGCCAUUGACCAGCGUAGAGUGAAGCGAGCCCUCAGAGAUGAUGAGGAUACACGGUUUGCCUCUGCAAUGGCUGACUUGCUAAAAAAAUUGCCUUCAGGAGUCAAAUCACAGGCACGAUUCCGUGUACAUGAGCUCCUAUUUAAUAUAGAGCAAGAAUAUGCACAUCUGCAAACCCACACCUUGGAGCCACCGUAA